AUGCACCCUCGCCACGAGCAUUCUACUAUAUUUCCAAACCGCCCCGUUCAUUACGCAAGCCAAAUCAGCCACUAUGAGACCGCUCUUGCAGCGCUACAAAACACCCAAGCGCUAGGGACCGGUCUGAUCGCUCUGGCUUCUUUUUAUUUACUUCUCGAUUACUUCGGAUUCGCUCCCAUAUCAGUUCUCCAUCUUGUCUGGAAGGGCCUGGUUUACCUCACUCCGUCCCGGCUCGUUGUCGCAUUGGACCCUCGCAUGUCCGACCCUGAAUCACCAACUCCCACGGGCUCUCCCCCGUCGCCAUUUGAGCAGAAGAACGCCGCAAUGCAACGAAUCUUCGGCAUAGAUACCUCCCAUCUCGCCUUUUCUUUUCGCCGCCGCUCUCUCUCCGGCCUCGGAAACGCCUUGCUCGGAAAUACAAAGGAGGCUAAGCCCCCGGGUCUUGGGAAUUGGGACAACUCAUGCUAUCAGAACAGUAUCAUCCAGGGCUUGGCCUCGCUGGAGUCUCUUGCAGCGUUUCUCGCGCACAAUGUCAACCACCACUCGGACAAGACUUAUCUUUCGAAGCAUGAGGCACUGAGUGAUAUCAUCGCAUGUCUGAACAAUCCUUCGAACAAUGGAACAAAGCUGUGGAUCCCGGCGGAUCUCAAGUCUAUGAGCAGUUGGCAACAACAGGAUGCACAAGAGUACUUUUCCAAGCUGGUGGACCAAAUCGACCUUGAGAUUCGGCUCGCUUCACACGGAGAGACAUCGAAUAUGGGAUUGAAAAUCGCAGGCCGGGAGGAAAAUAUCGUGCGCGACAACGUUUCCGAUAUGUCUACUUCUGAGGGAUGCGACUCUUCAACCCGGACCAGUGGUAAGGCGUCAAGUCGCAAUCCUCUCGAAGGACUACUCGCUCAACGGGUCGGGUGCAUGGAAUGUGGAUGGACGGAAGGGCUUUCUUUAAUUCCGUUCAAUUGCCUCACAGUCCCUCUUGGGGCAAAGUUUGAAUAUGACCUGGUGGACUGUCUGGACCAAUACAUGACACUUGAGCCCAUCGAUGGUGUGGAAUGCGCCAAGUGCACAUUACUCCAGUACCAUCAAAAACUUUCCGAAAUGUUUGCUGGGAUUGAAGGGGACGAGAAACAAUUUCCUGGCGCAGAGAAGUCUCAGUUUACCGAUGCAUUAAAAGCCGAUACACUGUCGCGCCUUCAAGCCGUCAAAGCAGCGUUGGAGGGCAACGAUAUCAGCGAUACCACAUUGAAGGAUUGCCGCAUCCCUGCGAAGAACCGUGUUUCAACUACCAAAUCACGACAGGCGGUCAUUGCCCGAUCCCCUCAAUGCCUUGCUGUCCACAUCAACCGCAGUCUCUUCGAUGAAACGAAUGGGAUGUUGACAAAGAACCACGCUGCAGUCAGAUUUCCUCAAAUGAUCGACUUGAAUGGCUGGUGUCUUGGCACCCAAGCUCGUAGCCAGUCUGAUGAGGCCCCCGAGCAAUGGGAGACCGACCCUUCCAAGUCGAUGCUUCCACAACACGGCGAGGCUGUUCAAGUUCCCAGCCGACGGUACACACUGCGAGCUAUUGUCACGCACCACGGCCGUCAUGAGAACGGCCACUACAUCUGUUACCGCAAGUAUUCGACGUUAGAUUUCCCAGCUCCCGUUCCGGAUCACGUUCUUCAAGCCGAAGGCGACGAGGAAAAGUCCGAGCGUUGGUACCAGCUCAGCGACGGUGACGUGACGAUGGUUAGCGAAGGCCAUGUCAUGUCCCAAGGCGGUGCCUUCAUGCUAUUCUACGAAGCCAUGGAUGAUUCUCUCCAACCUUGUCAGACUCCCACCACAGAAAAUGUUCAGUGCGAGACCGCUGAAUCCGUUCAAUUCGAGAAUGCUGAAUCAAUCUCAAAUUACACCAUGUCCGAAGACCUUUCCGCCCCAUCCACCGUCACCGACUUUGGCUCCUGCACUUCUCGCGCUACGAGCGUCUCACUUCCAACGGAGGAUUUGACGUCUGUCGACCUGCCCCUAAAGCCUUCAGGCGAUCAUACACCGACAGAAGAACUUGAUUUGCCUUCAAUGAUCACUGCAUGA